AUGCCACCAUUUUUUCCUGUGUCCUCUGUAACUGGUCAAGGAAUUGAUCAUUUAAUUAAAUUUUUAAGUCGUUUAAGUUGUUUAAAUCAAUCAAUCGACGGGGGAUUAUCAUUAAAACAAGAAAAAAAACAGCCUACAUCAAAUCAACCCUUGAACACCGCUGAACAUGUUAAACAAGCGCAAUCUUUAAAUUCAACAGAUAUUUUUCUUGCCUCAAAUGAAAAUCAAAUUCAGUUGAUGUUAAGUAAAAUCAGUGAAGAAAUAAAAAUUAUUAAAACAUAUCGAGAUUUUAAUGGUACACUGUUUUGGAUAAAUCAAGUGUAUACACAAAUCCCGGGAGUGUGUAAUCCCGUUCUAGUUGGACGUGUACAACUUGGUCAAUUGUUGAAUAAUCAAAUACUGUGGCUUGGUCCUGAUCAUUUUGGUGAUUUUUAUCCAGUUCAAAUAGUCAGUCUAAUGCAUAAUCGUCAAGUUCAUGAAAUUGUCUAUGCUGGUCAAUUAGCUUCAAUGGAGGUACAUUUCUUACCAAAGUCGUGGAACACUCUAAGUUAUACCCAACGUAUUCAUAUAUUACAAAAUAUUUCUUCAUCUUAUAAUAAUAAUAAUAAUAACACAAAUAGUGUUAUGAAUCAACAAAAUAAACGAUCACAAUAUUUAUUAUUUGGGAAUGAUAAUGAUAACACUGGGAAUGAAGAAAAUAUCCCCUACAAUGAAGAACCGAAUGAUGAUAGUAAUACCGAUAAGAUGUGGCAUUCAUCUGUAAAACUACGUCGUGGCAUGGUUCUACUCACUUAUCCAAUGUUAAUCAAUAAAAGUCUCUCGAAAUCAUCAUCAUUAUUAUUAUCCCCUACAAAUCCAAAUUCUCCGUCUACAUCUUCUAAUCUUUCUCCUCUAUCCUCAUCGUCAUCCGCCUCCUCCUCCUCGACGUCAUCGCCGUUUUCGCCUUCACCAUCUUCGUAUGAUGCAUUCAUUUGGAAUCAACCAUUGGCAUCAAAAGAUUCUAUCAAUUUUUCAGUGGUCUGGACUGUGAAGCUACGCUUAACCUGUCGUCUACCGAUUGUCUCUUUUAAAUUGGGUACACCACCGAUUAUUUUAACACCGAUACCAUCGAUUGGUCAACGUGUUACUAUCUAUGCUGGUUGUAUAUGUCAAACUGGAGUUGUUAUUGACGGGAGGAUUGAAGAGUAUCAACGUAGUCAAUAUGAUCAGUGUGGGAAUAAUAAUAAUAAUAAUGUAAACAAUAAGAAUCACUUGGAGGAUACAAGUCAUCUUUAUGUACGCUUUACACGGCAACCUGAAUGCGUUGAAAUCGGCCGUCAAUUUAUACUCACCUGGAAUGGUAAUCUGAAAACAGUUGGUUAUGUUAUUGAUCUAAUCGAUCCAUUGAAGUGUAACUCAUCGAUUUCUCCUUUGCUGAACAAUGAGACCAGUAGUAAUAGUAAUAACAAAGAUGAUGCCAGCCAGUUAAUAAAUGACAGUGGUAAUGAUUUCAUAUGGAGAAGACAAAAUACUCUGUCAUUUCAUGAAAAGGAUGAUUAUGACAGUAGUUGGUCAAGUCUACGAAUGAAUUUUAUCGAUCGUAUAAUGAAUACAACUCAUAACAAUGAAAACGGUAACAAUAAUUUGCAAUACUUUUAUCAUAAGUCAAAAUCAUUGUCUUUAUCAAUGGAGGAAUUUGACAACAACACCAACAGCAAUUAUACAUCAACGAAUGAAAAAUUCGAUUCACUGCAUUAUACUACUUCAAUUCAUUUAAGUAGUUUAUUAGAAACAGAGAUAGAAAAUCAAGAGAAUCAGAAGAAGUGUACAGAUCUGUCCAGUGGUGGUGUUGGUGGUGAUGUAAUUCCUCCUGGACAAGAACAACAACAACAACAACGAAAUGAACAACAGUCAUCUGAUAUUGGUGUAAAGUCUUCACAGUCUACGAAUUAUCCUUAUAAUAAUAAUAUUAAUAAUAAGACGUCAUCUUCUUCUUCUUCAAGGUCGAAUAAACGCCGUCAUCGACGGAAACAAAAGUCUUAACCGCUUAUUGUUAUUGUUAUUACUGUUAUCAACAACCUCUGUGGUUUAUUUACUCCUUCGUUGUGUGUGUGUGAUUCUGUUGUCUAAAUAUUCAGUUAUACUGCAAUAAACUUCUUCAUUGGAUUCUUUUGUCUAUUGAAAGUAUUGAGCAUGUGCUGAUACUCUCUCUUCAUUUCUGAAAUGUUCCCUCUUACAGUUUCCUUUUGUGCGGUGUAUAUAUAACGAUAAAAACGCACACACACACUUAUUUAUGCGUUUGUGCGUGUAUCCAUGCUUGUUUGUUUGUGUGCGUGCUUGUGUGUGUGUUUAUUUAUUUAUUUUUCCUUCUAAUUUAUCGAAUUAUAAGUAGUUUAUUUAGUAUUUUUUGAGCGUAUAUUUAUUAUGCAGUAUUUAAUGAUUCUAACUUUCUAUUUCGCGCGCGCCUCUGUCCAUCCGCCCACGCAUGUGCGUGUGUGUGCGUCACAUUGUUUCAAUUGUACAUUGAACAUACAUAUAUAUAUCCUUUGUUUAAAUCAAUUCAAUUAGAUAAUAUUGAAAUUUGAAUAACAGGCAAUAAUAGCAGUGAUACAUCGUCCGUACAACAGGGAAUAAUGGAAGUUACUCAUUUUAUUAUGAUAAUUUUAUUAUAAUAUAGUUCAUUGAAGAAAUAAUUGUGGAAUAAUAAUAAUAAUUAAAGAUGAGUAUGGUGUAUGUAUUGUAGACGGAUUGAAGCAUCUCGAAAAUAUCAGAAUAUGAAUGAAUUAAUGAAUGCAGAGGUGUGAAAAAAGGCGGUGAUGUAAGAGGGUAAGGAUCCCCCAUUUGUUGCUCUUGUUGUUGUUGUUGUCGCUCUUUGAGUUCUUCAUAUUCCUGCUUUUGUUUUUAGUAAUUAGUUUUGCAAUAGAGAAAUUCUUUGUUCGUUUUUUUUUAAUGUUUGUGCGUUUCUUUUUUGGAUGACGUCACAAUAAAAGCAGCUAUGUUAUUAUUACACUUAUUACUAGUGUGUAAUACGAAUCUUGUUAACUUUGAGUUCGACUCGUCAGAGUAUCUUCCGUACUGUGUUUUUACUUAUUUGAGUAGUACCACUCAUGUCUUUUCUGAACAUUAUUCAUCGUUAGUAUUAGUAGAAUAUAAUAUGGAAGUACUGAACUGAACUGCACUGAACUGAACCAUCUUUAUACUUAUUAUUACUUACGUAUAUAUAUGCAUAUAAUUAUUUAUUAUCAACUUGUUCACAGAUAUACUCAUUCACAUUUAUUGAUUUAUUUAUUUAUAUAUUUAUUGAAAAAUAAUAUUUUUCAGUUUUCUCUUGCAAACAUUUCUUUUUUUUGUGUAUUUUGUCUCCAAGUUUAAGGGGUGUUGUUGAACUUUACGGUACUCGUCGCGGUUUUUUUCCCGAUAAACGUCUAACUACUGA